CCUUCCUGUAAAGCAGCCAACAUAAUGCCUGACAGGAUAAGCUUAAUAAAGGUUAAUUAUUACUAUUAUUUUAACCCUUAGGAAGUUUUCAGUUGCUUAGUCAGAAGACCAUCUCUUUUACCUGGAUUCUUAGUAGUGGAUUCUUCAUGUAGGUUCUUUGCUAGCAUCAAUGAUUAGAAAUUUGUAUGCCUCCUACAGCUUGACCCAUAACUAUUUUCUGUUCAGUCAUAGUGAAUGACUAGACAACUAAAAAUAGCAAAUAAUAUGCUAUAAUUUAGAUGGCUUUUUCUACAAUGUAGGUGGUUGUCUGUGAUGAAACAGCCACAGCUCAGGUCUUCCUGUGAAUGUUUAAACAUUGAUAUCAGUAACCCAGACUUGCUGUUGAGCAAAUAGCCAAGAUACAGUUUGUCUAGAAUGUCUAGGGAUAAUACUGUGAUGAAUUAAUGUGUGUUAGUGUAUAGUAAUAAUGAGAUUGUGAUGGCAGGGGAUGGGGGGGACGUAGUUAAAGAUAGUCUUUUAUGAAGAUGGAACAAACUCUUCUAGGUUCAGCCAAGCAAUUUCAAGUCUGUAGAGUUAAUAAAGAUUACCAAGUAAGGAGGGAUAAAGGCCCAUAAUUCUUCUCAGGAGGCAGCAAAGACUUUAUUUAAACAGCUUAAGUUGGCUGUCACUUGUGCAGUGUGGGUAACUGUACUGGACCCCGGUCACAGUGGCCUGGAAUCUGCCAAACCUAGGUUGUCUAUUGAUCUUGUUUUGUAAAGCUACAAUACGUGACUCUUCCUGUUUGAGCAAAUAUGUGGGGCCCCACAACCUCAUUUAACCAGAUUUCUGUUUUGUGUAGUAGUGACCCGUGGUCUGAUGAUCAGGCAGUGCUUGAUUUUAGUUAUGCUUCUUUGUGGCAAUAAGAAAUUCAAAGUAAGCUUCAAAUUACAUAACAUGCUUGCUUACCACUCCACCCACCUCAGUACCUCAUUAGUCUAUCUAAAGCUUUCAUGUCCCUGCCUCUUACCAAACUAGGUUCUAAGAAAAUGUUACAGAUAAAACUGAUUUUAAGCUAAUCACAACCUACUGGUAUUUGAAAAGAAGGGGAGUCCUUGCCUUAAAACAGCCAGGAAAGAGUCUUAAAUAGUCCUUAGUUAAUAACAAAUUGAACUGUAGUUAGGUAUCACCCCUAAGCCUAUCCGACAGUACUCUCAGCAACCAGUCUUAUUUACCCAGUGUUAAGACAGAGGCUCUGUAACAGCUGUGCCUAGGGUCAAACCAGAGAUGAGUGGAACUUUCCAGUUCAGACAUCAAUAUAAUGGCCAGCAGAAAGCAUAGGAAAAGCUAACAAUGUGUAAUAGCCCGUCCCAGUGGUUGAGAUGUGGGUUAACAAUUUCUGUAAAUGUACCCUGCUGUCUCCAAGAUUUUAAGAAGCAGAGUAGGCAUAACAAAUGUUGUCAUCGUCAUCGUCGUUGUUGUUAUUCGAUUCGUAAGUGAAAUUGAAAAAUGCGAUUUAAAUUGAUACAGGUCUUUUCCCAAGCAUGCCCACAGGGAAGAAGUCGUCAUAUUCCCAUGGCUCCAGAUAGGUCGUCAUUAAUUACAUCACCAGUCUUAGAGUUCAGCUCUCCACAAAUGGUUAGCUCUUCCACUAGAAACAUGAAUUAAAGUUUAAAAACCAUAGAAAUGAAACUGUGUACUGAAAACUAGGACAGGUGUCUUUGAGAAAUAUUUGCAAAACAUUGUGUCUAGUCUGUUGUGGAACUAAUCAGAGUUGACAGGGUAGAGGUUGUCCCAGGAGCCAGUCACUAUAGUAAUGACUAGGGUUGACUGAGGUGAGAACAGCUGGUAUACUUUCUAAUCUCUGUUAAAGUUUCUUCCUCUGCUGGAGAAAUAGAAGUCCCCAAUAUUAGAUAUGAGAAGAUGAAUGUUCUAAAAUACAGGGCUUUUUUUUUUUUUUUUUUUUUGGCCAACACAUCAGAGUCCUGAUCAUUUUCAGAAGAGUAGUGUUAGGGGCGCCUGGGUGGCUCAGUCGUUAAGCGUCUGCCUUCAGCUCAGAGCAUGGUCCUAGAGUCCUGGGAUCGAGCCCCGCAUCAGGCUCCUCUUCUGGGAGCCUGCUUCUUCCUCUCCCACUCCCCCUGCUGUGUUCCCUCUCUCACUGGCUGUCUCUCUCUCUCUCUGUCAAAUAAAUAAAUAAAAUCUUAAAAAAAGAGUAGUGUUAUCCAUGUUUUAAAGGGUGUCUACCACAUCUGUAUAAAUCUGUAUAAAUACCCAUCCUUUGGAGAAUCUGUCAGCCAUAGGGCAGCCCUUCCAGUGCAACAGUUUGUUGAACAACUAAUUAGCCAAGUUUAUAGGAGACCAGAAUAUCAAUACUCCAAAGGCUUUUCUGGGCAGGUCACUAAUUCUAACUGAAGACAUAACCAGUUGUAGCCUUCUCCAGCACCAGUAACAGAUAAGGGAGUUUUAGACAGUGGUUGAUAGAACAUGAAGCCAAACGGCAGAGUCAAGCUGUUAUAGUAGAGGGUCACAUUUCUUGGAUCUAGCAGAUUUGGAGUCCUAAGAAUAGGAAACUAUGAAGUGAAGAGUGUUAUGAAUAGGACCUGAGCCUCAUAGUUUGGUUAAGAGUCCCUUCCAGGAAGAAUUCUGACCUCUCCAGGAUAGCGUCCUCUGUUCUCCUAAAGAGAGGCAUAAAACUCAACAGUGUUCCAGUACCCCCCAAGGACUUAUAAACAGUAUGAAUAAGAAAUGAAAGGAGACCUCUCCUUCACUUCAAAAUCUGCUCAGUUUGGACCUGAAUAUUUAAAAGAACUACCUAGAAGCACUUCUGCUUCCAGCCAAGAUGGAGUAACAGGAACUAGAUUUAGCAUCUCACCUGAAAAAAUUAUUUUCAGGAACACUGUUCAUCAGACAACAGAGGACAGUAAUCCUGAGAGAUGGUAAACUAUUUUUCUAGCUUUCUUAAGAUAGUCCUCUGUGCCCCAUUCAUCCCCCCCCAAAAAAAUUGAAUUGAUAGUAACAGAAAGUAGAAUAGUAAUACCACAGGCUGGAGGGUUAGGAAAAGGGGAGAGAUUGAGCAAAGUGUACAAACUUUCAGGUAUAAGAUGAAUAAGUUCUGGAGACCUAAUGUACAUUGUGGUGACUAUAGUUAAUGUAUUUCUUUACUUAAAAUUUGCUUAGAGAGUAGAUCUCAGGUGUCUGACCAUGAGAAAAAGAGGUAAUUAUGGGAGGCAAGGGGUAUGUUAGUUUUAUUGUGGUAGUCAUUUCAUAGUGUGUACAUACAUCAAAACAUCAUGUUGUAUACCAUAAAUAUGUACAAUUUUUACCAGUCAAAAAUAAAUUUAAGAAAAAGGGAAAACAUUAAAGACAGUUUCUAGGUAAUGGUGCAGGGAUAGACAUCCCCUGCCUCAAGGAGACAGAGCUGAGAGUCCAGGAAGCCUGAGGCAGCCAGAAUUAAUAGGACAGAGUAUGAAAGACAAAAGCGCUUUAAAGACAGAAAACCCCAGAUAUCUGCAGGUGCACCCCUUGAGCAUUCAUCAGAGUAUUGAUCAGUCCAUGCAUUUGAGGAAAUUACCUAAAGCCAAGGAAAGAAUGUGAAAGGAUUAGAAGAGUACCCACUCCCAUCAGCCAGAUUGGAAAACCUUAUGAUUCAUGUGGCAUUGGGUAGAGUACUCAGAAAGGUCUUGCCUCAGUUGGUAGAGAGUAAUUACUCUAAAUUGAGCACUGCCUAAUAAAUUGUCAAAGCAAUACCUGAACACGUACUAAGUCUAAGUAACUAACAGCACCCCAGAACAAAGCUCAAGAAGAUUUGUGGGAAUAUAAAAAUAUGAGACAGCCAAUAGGAAUAUAAAAAUAUUGAGAUGAAGUAAAGCAAUGUCUGGCAUACAAGCAGAGAUGACCAGGCAGCAAAGAAGAAGGAAAAUAUGACCAAUGUUGAGGAGAAUAAUCAAUCAAAACCAACCCAGAACUGACACUUAUGUUGGAAUUAGCAGAUAAGUGUAUCAAAACUGAUAUUAUAAAUUAUAUUCCAUCUAUACAAAAAGUUAGGUAGAUACAUGGAAGAUAUUCUAAAAUACCCAAAAUCAAGCCUUUGAAGGUGAAAACAACAUCUGAGAUCAAAAAUACACUGAAUAGGCACUUAGUGGCAGCCACUGCUCAGACCAGACACUGCUUGCUCAUGCACCUCACUCUGCUUCCUCUGUAACCAUGUCUCACAAACCCCAUAUGGCUGAGAUUGAGAAAUUCAGUAAGUCAAAAUUGAAGAAGAUAGAAACGCAAGAGAAGAAUUACUACCCUCAAAAGAAACAACCGAAGAAGCAAGCAGGCAAAUGGUAAUGAGGCAUGUACUGCCAGUAUGCACUGUACAUUCCACAAGCAUUGCGUACUUUUUUUACUGCUUCUAGCUGUUUAACUUUAUAAGAUGCAGAGUUUGGAGCAAGUUUAAAUGACUGCUGCCCCUUUUCACAUCAAAGAAUUGAGGACUACUGACAACAAAGGUCAUAUACCUCUCUCAUCUGCCUGUCUGGCCUGCAGAAAAGGAAAAGAACUUGCAUGCUGCUGAAGGAAGAAGUUGGGUGGGACAACAGUGAAAUCUAGAGGAAAAUCCAAGCUGUUCUCAGGUGUCCUGCAGGCUGUAAAAUGCUGUUUAAUCAGAGUGUUAUUUUUUUUUUGUUCAAAUUAUUUUAAUUAUUGGAAUGCACAAUUUUUUAAAUAUGUAAAUAAGUUUUGAAACCUGAAAAAAGUGCACUGGAUGGGAUUAACAGCAAUUAGACAUUACAGAAGAAAGGAUUAGUGAACUUGAAGGUGCAGUGACAGAAAGUAUCCAAAAUGAAAUAGAGAAAAGAGGGAAAAAAUGUUCUUAGUGGAAAGAGUAUCUUUGACCCAUGAACAUAAAAAAAUAGCCCCCAGGGGGCUAAUACAUGGGGAGUCUAUGCAAAAGAGAAGAAAGGGAAAGACAGAAAAAUCCUUGAAGAAUUGAUGGCUAGAAAUUUUCCAAACUUGAAGAAAACUAUAACCCACAGAUCUAAGAAACUUAAUAAACCCAUAGCACACAAAACAUGAAGAAAACUACUCCAGGGCACUCAAAAGCAGUCAUAGAAAAUCCAAAAAGGAGCCGGGGUGGGUGGGGGUGGGCAGAAGAACAAAGAUGAGAAUGAACACCAGAUUUCUCACUGAAAAUAAUCUAAGUGAGAAGACACUGGAACAACAGCUUUAAAGUACAGAAAGGAAAAACCAUCAACAUAAAAUUCUGUGUUGACAAAUUCUGUUGGCAAACAAUGUUGCAAAAAUGAAGGCAAAAUAAAUGUUUUCAGAUACACAAAACCGCUUUGCCCUAUAAGAAAUGUGAAAGGAAGUACUUCAAAUUAAAAAUGGUACUGCUGGAAAUCUGGAUCUAUACAAAGGAAUAAAGAUCACCAGAAAUGGUAACAAUAUUGAUAAGUAUAAAAGGACUAUUUUCUUAUUAUUUAAAACUUUUUAGAAUACAGUUGUAUAAACAAAAUAAAAAAACAGUAUGUUGUACAGUUUAUAGCAUAACAUGUAAAAGUAAAAUGCAUAGUAAUGGUACAAAGGUUCAGAGUAAUAAAUGUAAACUGUUGUCAGGUUUUUAUAGUAUACAUGAAGUAGUAUAAUGUAACUCGAAGGUACACUAUUGGUUAAAGAUGUUUACUAUAAAUGCUCAGUGACCACUAAAAUAAAAGAACAAUGAGUUACAGAUGUUAAGACAACAAAAGAGAUAAAAGAGAAUUAUUUAAAUACUCUGUUAA